CAGUCACUCGGAAAAAAAAAUUAUUUUCUCAAAGCACUCUCUUUCUCUCUACCCAUCACUAUGUCUAUCCUUUCCUUUCAGUCUUAAAAGAAUAAACGAAUUUAAGUCCGUUUUCUGCUUCGAGCUCAAUCAAUUAAUACUAUUCUUCCAAGAUUUUCAAAGGUCAAUGUUGGAUUUCUCUCCGCUCAAGCUUUCUGAGCUAGAACAAUCAAACGUUUCACUCUCCAUCUUCAUUGUCUGCUUCUCGGCCUUCUUCCCUUUUCAUUAAUUAGAGUUUGAGGUGCUCUCAGUCUCUGUCUCUUCCUCUUCUAUAUAUCCUUUUUCCUUCUUUAUUAAUGGUUCUGGAUGCUGACAAUGCCCUUUUCCGUUAAAAAGGAAGGUGAAUUUCUUGUUCUGGGUACCUUCCAUGUUUGGACUUUGGUUACCCAUUUUGAGAGAGCUAGCUCCAAAACACAACCCAUAAUUAUUCAAGCCGUUGGAUAAUCACUCAGUACUACCUUUACCAACUCACAUACAUUUCGUAUACGUUUUUCCUAUAUAUAUAAGCGUUCUUGGUGUUUCAGAGGGUUUUCAAACAGUACCCCAUCAAUCAAUGUCUUCUCUCACAUCGUUGUGUUCCUCAAAUCUGGAGCUGUUUCUUCAUCAUGUGACCCCCACGGUUCCCUCACGACCACUUCCUCAGAGCUGCUUUAAUGAUCUAAAUAGCCUCUGGCAACCACCUGGUAAAGACACAAUUGAAUACUUCACGUUGAGAGAUCUCUGGGACUGCUAUGACGAAUGGAGUGCAUAUGGUGCUGGCACCCCAGUACUGAUGAAUGGUGGUGAAACUGUGAUGCAGUACUAUGUUCCUUAUCUAUCUGCCAUUCAGAUAUACACUAACAAAUCAGGUGCCACUUCCAGGAAUCGUAAAGAGGACAGUGACGUGGCAGAAUUUGAAAGUGAUUCUUGGAGUGAUGACAGUGGGAGUGAUAAUCUAUCGAGGUCUCUAAGCAACUACUCUAGCAAGGCUUGGGACGCAGUUUCGGAAGAUUCAAGCUUAGAGCAAGAGGGUUCAUUGGCAAUGAAGGAUAGGCUUGGCUGCCUUUACUUACAGUACAUUGAAACCGCUUCCCCCUACUGGAGAGUCCCAUUCUCGGACAAGAUAACUGAAUUAUCUCAAAGUAGCCCGUCGUUAAUGACGCUCAAGAGUGUGGAUCUUUCCCCUGCAAGUUGGAUGGCUGUUGCUUGGUAUCCUAUUUAUCACAUUCCAAGUCAGAAAAAUGAAAAGGAUUUGUCGGCAUGCUUCCUCAGUUAUCAUACUUUGUCCUCAACUUUCCAAGACGAUACAAUGGAGAAUGCUGACACCAAUAUCGAACAUGCUAAGUGCCAUCAUGAAGUAAUGGGAAACAUAGGACAGAAAUCUAAGGAAGAAAGAAAUGGUGGGAUUUCUCUUCCUCCCUUUGGUCUAGCUACUUACAAGUUACAAGGAGAUCUUUGGAUAAAGCCACAGACAUCUGAUCGUGAAAGGAUGAUCCAUCUCUACAGCGCUGCGGAUUCGUGGUUGAAGCAGCUCGGCAUCUAUCACCAUGACUUCAACUUCUUCACUUUUCAUGCCACCAUGUAAAUUAGUAUGCUUCCUUCCUUUCAGUGCUGUAGCGAAGUCCUAUUAAAAUGUUCCCCAUCUGAAGUGCUGACACAUUAACAAACUACAAGCUCGGAUGCAAAAUCUAAUUUGGUAGAAUAGAUUGCUUCCGAAGUUCUGUGCGAGGCGGACUGUACAUGUUGUUUAGUAAUUUUACAACAGACUCAGAUGGAGGAGGAAGUUGGGAGGCAUGUUAGUUUAUUUUCUUUUUGGCUCCUAAUUUUUUGGUCUCCAUGGAGUUUUUAAGUUGAUAUGUUAUAUAUCAUGUCUAUAGACUCAUUAAUCUUUUACAUGAUAUGCUUUUUCAUUUCCAGAAAGAAUGUGUAUAUAUAUGAACUAUUUUUGUCCAAUAUGCAUUUCUGCUGGAAUAUGGAGGCCUCAGUUUACAGUU